AUGCCACACAAGGUGACAAGCUUCCUGGAAGCCUCUCUCAACUCGCUCGAAAACCAGGUCCUCCAGCUCAAGAAGGAGAGACGUCCAUCCCCUCAUCCCACCGGCAAAAAGACACGGAGCUCCGAGCGCAUGUUCUCGUAUGCGUUUCAGAUGCCCGACGACGCCCAAGAGGGCCGUCACUCGACCUCGUCCAUGUCCGCGCGCAAGUCGCCCAAGUCGUCCAUACACUCGGACAAGGAUGAGCACCACCACCACCGCCUGUCUUUCCCGGGCCUGCACCUCGGCCGCUCCAGCAAGGAGGCGCACCACAACCCCAGCGUCGCGCUCGAGUGCAAGAUUGAGUCGCCGCCGCUCUUGAUGCACGGCGAUGCCCAGAGCAGCACCGGCGCUCUUCUCUCUGGCCAAUUCUUCCUCAACGUCAAGCAGGACGACUUCCAGAUGGAGUCCUUCACUGCGACGCUCCGCAUCCACGUCGUGCAGAAGCGCCCCUUCCUUGCCCACUGCCACAACUGCAGCCACCAGUACACUGAUGUCCACAAGUGGACGUUUCUUCAGACGCCACUCAACCUUGCCAAGGGCUCCCACCAAUUUCCCUUCACGGUUCUCCUCGAGGGCCACCUGCCCGCCACCAUGGACGGUCCGCUCUCGUCCAUCUCAUAUGAGCUCAAGGCCGAGGCCAACCCCAUGCCUGGCUAUGGUGUCCCCGUCAAGUUCGAGAAGGUGCUGGAGGUGAAGCGUGCCCUCCCGCCGUCCGAAGUUCCACACCACUCCAUUCGCGUCUUUCCGCCGACCAACAUCAAGGCCAGCGUGCACUUUCCCCAGGUCAUCCACCCCAUUGGCACCAACACGCUGUCUCUACGCAUGGACGGCAUCGCCAGGGUCAACAACAAGGCCGAGACGGUCGAGUAUUGGAAGCUCAAGAAGCUCACCUGGCGCCUGGAGGAGACAGUCAAGACGGUCGCGCCUGCUUGCGAGAAGCAUGCUCCCAAGGAGCCUCCCAAGGAAGACGACUCGGCGGAGCAGGAGCCUGCCAAGAAGGGUGUCACGCGCACCGAUACUCGGGUCAUCGGCGAGAAGACCAUGUUUAGCGGAUGGAAAAGCAAUUAUGCCGGUGCCGACGACUCCAACGUCGAGCUCGAGUUUGAGUACAUGCUCAACCGGCACGCCAAGCACACCUGCGACCUCAAGUCGCGGGACGGCACUGAGGUGACGCACCAGCUCAUGGUGGAGAUGGUGGUUUCGCAGGAGUGGGCACCGAUUGGCAAGCCGGCUCUCGUCACCCAGACCGGCGUCGGCCGCAUCCUGCGCAUGCACUUUGCAACGACGCUCACAGAGCGCGGCGGCAUCGGCAUCUCGUGGGAUAACGAGGCACCGCCCAUCUACCAGGACGUCCCCCCCAGCCCUCCCGCUUACAAGGGCGACGAUCUCCCUGAAUACCCGUUCUGUGAACUCGACAACAUGGAAGCGCUGGACGCUCCUAUGAGCCCGACAGUGACACCAAGGCAAUUGUAA